UCAUUUUUCCACUUGGCUGAGCCAUCCAGAGCCUUUUCAAUGUAUAAAAUGGAAUAUUCUUACCUCAAUUCCUCUGCCUACGAGUCCUGUAUGGCUGGGAUGGACACUUCGAGCCUGGCUUCAGCUUAUGCUGACUUCAGUUCCUGCAGCCAAGCCAGUGGCUUUCAAUAUAACCCUAUAAGGACCACUUUUGGGGCCACCUCUGGCUGCCCAUCCCUCACUCCAGGAUCCUGCAGUCUCGGCUCUCUUAGGGACCACCAGAGCAGUCCAUACGCAGCAGUUCCUUACAAACUCUUCACCGACCACGGGGGUUUAAACGAGAAGAGGAAACAGAGGCGGAUCAGAACCACGUUCACCAGUGCCCAGCUCAAGGAACUGGAGAGGGUGUUUGCAGAGACUCAUUACCCUGACAUAUACACCCGGGAGGAGCUGGCACUCAAGAUAGACCUCACCGAGGCGAGAGUGCAGGUCUGGUUCCAGAACCGCCGCGCCAAAUUCCGCAAGCAGGAGCGGGCGGCGGCGGCGGCGGCGGCGGCCGCCAAGAACGGGGCGGCCGGCAAGAAGUCCGACGCCUCCCGUGACGACGAGAGCAAGGAGGCCAAGAGCACCGACCCCGACAGCACGGGCGGCCCCGGCCCCAACCCCAACCCGGCGCCCAGCUGCGGCGGAGGCGGCGGCGGCGGACCCAGCCCCGCCGCCGGGCAGGGAGCGGCGGGGCCCGGCGGGCCGGGGGGCGAGCCGGGCAAGGGAGCGGCGGGGCCCGGCGGGCUGGCGGCGGCGGGGCCGGGGCAGGGCUGGGCGCCGGGGCCCGGGCCCAUCACCUCUAUCCCCGACUCGUUAGGCGGCCCCUUCGCCAGCGUCCUCUCCUCGCUGCAGCGGCCCGGCGGCACCAAAGGCAGCCUCGUCAAGAGCGGCAUGUUCUGAGCGGCGGCGGCGGCAGCGGCGGCGGCCCCUCCCGCUCAUUAGUACCCGCCGCCCGCCCGUAGCAAUGACCAGGG